GAGGGACAGCCCCACAUAUCCACUGGGUGACAGAGAAGGGGGCCAGCGGGCUUUAGGAAUUCAGCCUCUGAUCGGACCCCACCAAGGGGGGAGGACUUCCCCUCUUUGAAAUGAACUAGGCACCCCCUUUCCCUGUGCUUCUUAAAGGGAUCACAGCCCUCUCCCUGUGAUUCCGUGGAAGCCAGACUUGGGACGAUGCUUGGUGGAGACUUUGAAUCUCUCCUUCCCUCCUCCCUCCCAUCUGGCCACCCUUCUCUGGCCCCACUGAGUGGGAGCCCCCAGGCAUGGCACUGAGCAGCCCACCCAGUGCUCACCUGGCUUUUGGGCUCUGCCAAUCUUUGGUGGCAUCCUGUGUCCCCUGCCCUGGGGAGCAGAAGUGAGUCUGGGGGCCCAGCCCUUAGUGUGCUUGGUUUGGAGAGUGUCGCUGGCACUAGCCACGACCCACUCCCCCCAAACUGGAGGACGGUGAGGCCGUGGGAAGCUACGAUGAGAUGAGCGGGGGCCGCUUUGAUUUUGAUGAUGGUGGGGCAUACUGCGGGGGCUGGGAAGGAGGCAAGGCCCACGGGCAUGGACUGUGCACCGGCCCCAAGGGCCAGGGUGAAUACUCGGGCUCCUGGAACUUCGGCUUUGAAGUGGCCGGCGUCUAUACCUGGCCCAGUGGAAACACCUUCGAAGGAUACUGGAGCCAGGGCAAACGGCAUGGGCUGGGCAUAGAGACCAAGGGACGUUGGCUCUACAAGGGUGAGUGGACGCAUGGCUUCAAGGGGCGCUAUGGAACCCGGCAGAGCAGCAGUAGUGGCGCCAAGUACGAGGGCACUUGGAACAACGGCCUGCAGGAUGGCUAUGGCACAGAGACCUAUGCUGAUGGAGGGACGUACCAAGGCCAGUUCACCAACGGCAUGCGCCACGGCUACGGCGUGCGGCAGAGCGUGCCCUACGGGAUGGCCGUGGUGGUGCGCUCGCCCCUGCGCACGUCGCUGUCGUCCCUGCGCAGCGAGCACAGCAACGGCACGGUGGCCCCGGACUCGCCCGCCUCGCCCGCCUCGCCCGCCGACGGCCCGGCGCUGCUCUCUCCCAGCAUCCCGCGCGGCGGCUUCGCGCUCAGCUUGCUGGCCAAUGCGGAGGCGGCGCGCGCCCCGGGCCCGGGCGGCCUGUUCCAGCGGGGGGCGCUGCUCGGCCGGCUGCGGCGCUCCGAGUCGCGCGCGUCCCUGGGCAGCCAGCGCAGCCGCGUGAGCUUCCUCAAGAGCGACCUGAGCUCGGGCGCCAGCGACGCCGCGUCCACCGCCAGCCUGGGCGAGGGCGCCGACGACGCCGCCGCGCCCUUCGAGGCCGACAUCGACGCCACCACCACGGAGACCUACAUGGGCGAGUGGAAGAACGACAAGCGCUCGGGCUUCGGCGUGAGCGAGCGCUCCAGCGGCCUGCGCUACGAAGGCGAGUGGCUGGACAACCUGCGCCACGGCUACGGCUGCACCACGCUGCCCGACGGCCGCCGCGAGGAGGGCAAGUACCGCCACAACGUGCUGAUCAAGAGCGCCAAGCGCCGCGUGCUGCCGCUCAAGAGCGGCCGCGUCCGCCAGAAGGUGGAGCACGGCGUGGAGGGCGCCCAGCGCGCCGCCGCCAUCGCGCGCCAGAAGGCGGAGAUCGCGGCCUCCAGGACAAGCCACGCCAAGGCCAAAGCUGAGGCUGCAGAACAGGCUGCCCUGGCUGCCAACCAGGAGUCCAACAUCGCCAGAACGUUGGCCCGGGAGUUGGCCCCUGACUUCUACCAGCCAGGUCCCGAGUAUCAGAAGCGCCGGCUGCUGCAGGAGAUCCUGGAGAACUCGGAGAGUCUGCUGGAGCCUCCGGAUCGCGGCUCGGGCCCCGCCGGGUUCCCCCGAGAGAGCCCGCAGCUGCACGAGCGCGAGCCCCCCGCGCCCGAGGGGGCGGCCCCUUCGCCAACCCGGACACCCCCGCAGCCCCAGCGGCCGCGCCCCGAGGACGAGCUGCUGAGCCCGGGCGCCUGGAACGGGGAGCCAGGCGGCGAGGGCGCCCCCUCCCCCGACCGGCCGCUCCCCCCGGCCCAGGGCCGCCGCAGCCCUGAGCACAUGGCUAUCGAGGCGCUGCAGCCGCCGCCGCCGCCGCCGCCCGCGCAGGAGCCCGAGGUGGCUCUGUACCGCGGCUACCACAGUUAUGCUGUGCGCACUGCGCCGCCCGCGCCGCCGCCGGAGGACGAGCCCGAGCCCCCCGCAGCCCCCGCACCCUCUACGCCCCCCGCGCCCCCUGUGGCCGCCUCCCCCGCCAAGCUGGAGCCCAGACCCAUCGUACCCAAGGCCAAGGCCCGCAAGACGGAGGCCCGUGGGCUGGCCAAGGCCGGGGCCAAGAAGAAGGCGCGGAAGGACGCGGCGCCCCUGGCGGAGGCGGAGGUGGAGGAGGUACCCAACACCGUCCUCAUCUGCAUGGUGAUCCUGCUGAACAUCGGCCUGGCCAUCCUCUUCGUUCACCUCCUGACCUGACCCUUGUCCACCAGAGCCUGCUGAGGCCAUGAGGACCCAUCCUUCUGCAGCACCAGGCAGGGAGGCCGAGGACUGGACUUAAGCCUGGAGCUUUGGGGUCCAGCUCACACCCACACUGCAAGUGCUAGGACGCCUCCCUGGGUGCCUGAGCUGGGUGGCUGUGCCAGCAGGUGCCCAGAGGAGUUAAGUGAGCUGGGAGUCCUCCCAGAACAUCCCCAAGGAAGAACUCGGGUCUCUCCAUCUCCCUCAUCUGCUCCCAGCCCUCCCCCUCUGCACUGCCAACUCCCACCUAGCUCACUGCUGCCCUGGACUUUGGCCUGUACUGAUUUACCAGGAGACAAGUGUUCAGUCCCACCUCCCAUCGCUCCUCCCCCACUUCACUUUAACCUCCAGCUGCUGGGCCGAGCCCCCUCCCCUACCCCGAAUAUAAUCGAGGAAGUGAUGCCUUCAGAUGGCAAGAAGCCCUUUCUUAGUCGGCCGUGACCCCCCACAGGCCUGCUUCCUGCUUGCAGAUGUUCUGGAUGCCACUAGCAGGAAUGGACAGAUGUGCUUAGCCUGUCUCCUCUGUGGUUCAGCUGGUUUCCCUCCUGGACCCGCAGAGCAGGGGGAGGCAGCAGGGAUUGGCACCCUGGCUGCGUGGCCACUGUUUGGUGACCAGGGAGUCACGGCAGGCAGAAAGGCUAAGAGGCUGCCAUGAUGAACCCUGUCUGCAUUUUGGGCUCUCAGUGUGGUUAGGGUGCUAAGCGCCAGCCUGCAGGAACCCUGGGGCUUUGAGGAACAUGAGCAUAAAGGCAGUUCUCCAAUGGAGCUAAGAACAAACUCUUGUCAACAAGCGUUUCCCAGGGAUGGAGGAGCUGUUUAGGGGUGCCCCCUAGUAUGCAGCCUGCGCCACUCUAAGCACCCCCCCCCCCCCCCGCUUGCUUGGUAGAAGACGGUGUUUGCAUGUGGCUCACUGACAGAUGUUUUGCACCAAAUGAGGUCUCUCCACUCCUGUGCUGCUGGGAGUGAGUGGAGACUGGAGCAUGUGGCUGCCUGUCCCUGGGAGGGUGGAAAACAGCCAAGGGAGGAGGUCGUGACGGCCUCUGAACAGUGGUGUGGGGCGACUGGCCCCUGCCUUUUGGACCUGGGGGAGCUUUGGCAUCACAGCCUGAAGUUUGCUUGCUGUAGAAUCAGCUUUCCCUUGCUCCUUUGACCUUUGGAAACCUUCCUUCCAGCUCCACGGCUGUCUCCUGCAUUGGGCUUUGUUGGAGUCUCAGGCUGCAUUUCCGCGGCACCUAUGGACUCAUCCGGCCAGUGCUGUAACUCUGCAUUUAUGUUUGGGUUUUUCUGGAUUUCCAGGAAUGUCUCAUUCCUGGGAAUGAGGUGGCAGGGAGCACAGCCUUGAGCCUGGUUCCAUUGUCCAGGUAUUUUGGUUGUGCUAUGGGCCGGAGCUCCCUGCUCUCAUUUGGGGGCUAGGGUUUGGGCUGAGGGUUUGGGAUGCUACAGUCUGUGCAAUAAUAAACCUGUGUCUGCUGACAGGC